AGAGAAGCAAUAACGAGAAAACGAGAAACCAAGAAAACCAGAAACCAUAUGCUAAUGCAAGAGAAAAAGAAGAAAGUAGAAGUAAUCAGGAGAGCAAGAGAUGCGAAGGCAGGGCGGUAAACACAUAAGGUAUAGACAUUGUGAGCAUGAUGCAGGGGCUCCAUAACCAGCAGCAACAACUAGCGGCGCUCCUCUCCGUCGCGCUCCCAAAGGACGAUUCCACUUCCUCUGCCUCCGCCUCCGUCGCCACCACCACCGCCUCGGACAGCGGCAGCGAAUCGGCUCGGCUCGCCGCCAUCAACUCUCUCCACCGCGCAAUCGUCUACCCGCCCAACUCGCUCCUCGUCGCCCACUCCGCCACUUUCCUCGCCCAGGGCUUCUCUCAGCUCCUCUCUGACAAAUCAUAUUCAGUGCGACAGUCAGCAGCUACAGCAUACGGAGCUCUUUGCGCCGUGGUGUGUUCAAUUCCUAUUACUUCAAAUGGAAGACAGAAUCAUGUUAUACUUGGAAGUAUGGUUGACCGGUUCAUUGGUUGGGCAUUGCCAUUGCUUAGCAAUGUUAGCGCCGGUGAUGGGACCACAGAAUUGGCGCUGGAAGGCCUACGGGAGUUUCUUAAUGUUGGAGAUGUUAGUGGAAUCGAGAGAUAUGCUUUGCCGAUUCUCAAAGCAUGCCAAGUACUUCUUGAGGAUGAGAGAACCUCCUUGAGUUUAUUACACCGGCUUCUGGGUGUAUUAACUUUGAUUUCUUUGAAGUUCAGUAGAUGCUUUCAACCUCAUUUUCUAGACAUUGUCGAUCUGCUUCUUGGGUGGGCAUUGGUACCGGACCUUUCGGAAUCAGAUAGACGGGUUAUUAUGGAUAGUUUCUUGCAAUUUCAGAAACACUGGGUGGGUAAUUUACAAUUCGCUUUGGGGCUUUUGUCAAAGUUCUUGGGUGACAUGGAUGUAAUGCUUCAGGAUGGGAGUUCUGGAACUCCUCAACAAUUUCGAAGGUUGCUUGCGUUGCUUUCUUGUUUCUCAACAGUUUUGCAAUCCACUGCUUCUGGAUUGCUGGAAAUGAAUCUACUUCAACAAAUAAGUGAACCACUAAGCAGAAUGCUUCCAGGGUUAUUGGGAUGUUUAUCUAUGUUUGGAAACAAAUUUGGAUGGUCAGAAUGGAUUGGGGAUUCAUGGAAGUGCUUGACUCUCUUGGCAGAAAUAUUAUGUGAAGUAUUUUCCACCUUUUAUCCUCUUGCAGUUGAUAUCUUAUUUCAAAGCCUGGAAAUGAAUCAUGCUAACCAACCAGUGGGAGCAGGGAAGAUUACCUCCUUUCAAGUUCAUGGGGUCCUAAAAACUAAUCUUCAGUUAUUAUCUCUGCAAAAGUUUGGCCUCCUUCCAUCAUCUGUGCAAAAGAUACUGCAAUUUGACGGUCAGGUAUCUCAGCUGCGGUUGCAUCCAAAUCAUUUGGUUACUGGAAGUUCUGCUGCCACUUAUAUUUUCUUGCUUCAACAUGGGAAUAAUGAUGUUGUUCAACAAGCAGUGACCUCAUUGAUUGAAGAGCUGGAGUUUUUAAAGGGCAUGCUGGGAAAAACAUUGGGUCAUGGAAAUGGGUUCAAUAGUAGUUUAGAUGCUAAAUCCUAUUCAAAACAUGAGUUGUUUGCGUUGAUUAAAUUUGAUUUGAAAGUUCUGUUGACUUGUGUUUCCUUAGGUGGGCGUAGCAGUUUGGUUGGCCAGCCAGACAUUGCCUCCUUGUAUCUUAAGAGGUCAGAGCAGUUGGUGUCUUAUAUCACUGAGAAACUGAAUCCUUUUGACUUACCUGUUCAGGCCUUUGUGGAGUUGCAAGUCAACGUUAUCAAGACGUUGGAAAGGCUAACUGCAGUUGAAUUUUUAAGCAAGUGCUCCUUAAGAUUUCAAAGUAAUGGGAAACCUUCCUUGGAUGUUGCUGCUGAAAAAGUCCCUGAUGAUGAAAAUUUCAGGGAUGGAUUUUCAGCUGUUAUCACCGACCAUCCGGGGAAGUACAGUUUGCUCAUUGUCAAAGCUCUUCAUGUUUCUUCUCCUCUCGCAGUUAAAGAAGUAGCCCUAGAUUGGGUCCAAAGAUUAUGCGAGAGUAUUAUUGCUAUUUCUGAGGACUCAAACUCGAACACUUAUUUCUAUGAAGCAUUUGGAUAUGUUGGUAUCGUUGGGAAUAUUGUCUUCUCUAUUUUAGAUACUGCUUCUGACAGGGAACCAAAAGUGAGGUCACAUGUUGCAGUAGUUUUAGAGCUGCUUCUGCAAGCAAGACUUGUGGAUCCCAUGUACUUUUAUCCUAUUGCUGAAGUGGUUCUAGAAAAACUUGGUGAUCCAGAUAUUGAUGUAAAAUACACAUUUGUGAGGCUUCUUGCCCAUGUCCUUCCUACUACAAUGUAUGCUUGUGGUCUAUAUGACUACAGAGUAUCUACCACAUCUAAUGCUGGCAUUCUUAGGCUGGUCAAUAGUUCUAACUUGCACUGGAAGCAAGUGUUUGCCCUGAAGCAGCUGCGUCAGCAACUUCACUCACAACAACUUGUUUCCAUUUUGAGUUACAUUUCUCAAAGAUGGAAGGUGCCUCUUUCUUAUUGGAUCCAACGGCUCAUUCAUAGCUGUCGGAGGUCAAAGGACCUUCUUUUUGGUCAAACUGAGGAAUCAGGAAACUUUGUUGCUGCUGAUAUAUGGCUGGACAUAAAAGUGGAUGAAGAUAUUCUUGAAAGAAGUUGCUCAGUCAAUAAUAUGGCUGGUGCCUGGUGGGCUGUACAUGAAGCAGCUAGGUUUUGUAUUGCUAUGCGCCUUCGGACUAACCUUGGUGGGCCCACCCAGACUUUUGCAGCAUUAGAGCGAAUGCUUUUAGACAUUGCACACCUGCUACAGCUUGAUAGUGAGCAAACUGAUGGGAACUUAAGUAUGAUAGGGUCUUCUGGAGCUCAGUUGUUGCCAAUGAGGUUACUAUUGGAUUUUGUUGAGGCCUUAAAGAAAAAUGUAUAUAAUGCAUAUGAGGGGUCUGCUGUUUUACCAUCAGCUACUCGCCAGAGUUCCUUGUUCUUUCGGGCGAACAAAAAAGUGUGUGAGGAGUGGUUUUCUCGUAUAUGUGAACCAAUGAUGAAUGCUGGAUUGGCACUUCAAAGCAAUGAUGCCAUAAUUCAAUAUUGUUCUCUGCGUUUACAGGAACUCAAGAUUCUUGUGGCUUCAGCUUUGAAGGAGAAAUCUAGGGCCCAGUUGUCUGAGAACCUCCAUAAUAUCAGGGCUAGAUUUUCUGGAGACAUCUUGCGGGUAUUACGGCAUAUGGCAUUGGCUUUGUGUAAGAGUCAUGAACCGGAUGCUUUAAUUGGCCUACAAAAAUGGGUUUCAAUGUCAUUUUCUUCCUUGUUUACCGAGGAAAACCAGUCUCUCAGUCAAAGUGGGGACAUGGGACCUUUUCUGUGGAUCUCCGGGCUUGUAUAUCAGGCCGAAGGCCAGUAUGAAAAGGCUGCUGCUCACUUUAUUCACUUGCUUCAGACCGAGGAUUUGCUUAGUACAAUGGGUUCUGAUGGUGUACAGUUUGCUAUUGCCCGUAUCAUUGAGUGCUAUACUGCUGUAUGUGAUUGGAGGUCUCUAGAAUCCUGGCUACUAGAGUUACAAACACUUCGUGCUAAGCAUGCUGGGAAAAUUUAUUCCGGUGCUCUAACUACGGCGGGCAAUGAAAUCAAUGCAUUUCAUGCCUUGGCACGUUUUGAUGAGGGCGAUUUUCAGGCAGCAUGGGCAUGCCUUGAUUUGACACCCAAAAGUAGCAGUGAACUCACCCUUGAUCCCAAACUGGCCUUGCAAAGAAGUGAGCAGAUGCUUUUACAGGCAAUGCUUUUCCAAAAUGAGGGAAAGGUAGACAAGGUUCCGUGUGAGUUACAGAAGGCCAAGUCAAUGCUAGAGGAAACAUUGUCUGUUCUGCCUCUUGAUGGGUUAGCAGAGGCAGCAGCGCAUGCUACCCAAUUGCACUGCAUCUUUGUAUUUGAAGAAGGUUACAAGCUCAAAGACAGCCAAGACAAAUCCAAACAACUUCAAUCAAUAUUGAGUUCAUACCUUCAAUCGUUGCAGUCUCCAAUCAGUAGAGUUAAUCAAGAUUGUAACCCAUGGUUAAAAGUUCUCCGGGUUUAUCAAACCAUUUUCCCAACUUCUCUGGUUUCUCUUAAAAUCUCUUUGAAUUUGUUAAGUUUGGCACGUAAACAAGGAAACCUAAUGUUGGCUAACCGUCUAAACAGCUAUCUCAGAGAUCAUGUGUCCAGUUGCCCUGAGGAGAGGCAACGUUAUUUUCUCAGCUUGAAUUUGCAGUAUGAGGGCGUCCUGCUAAUGCAUGCUGAAAAUAAGUUUGAAGAUGCUUUUACUAAUCUUUGGUCAUUUGUGCGGCCUUGCAUGGUUUCUUCAGAAUCCAUAGUUUCUAAUGCUGACGAUAAUAUUCUGAAGGCCAGGGCCUGCUUGAAGCUCUCGGAUUGGCUGAGGCAGGAUUAUUCAGAUUUGAGCCUGGAUAUCAUUGUUCUCAAGAUGCGAGCGGAUUUCAACAUGGAUGAUAGCUCUAUUCUUGGCCAAGGUGGACCGUCCUUUAGCAGUGAGAAUCUAAGCUCUAGGCCUAGUGUGGGUCCUAUUAUUGAAGAAAUUGUGGGUACAGCUACGAAAUUGUCCACUCAUCUUUGCCCCACUAUGGGCAAGUCAUGGAUUUCGUAUGCCUCUUGGUGUUUUAAUCAAGCUAGAGACUCUCUCUUUAACCCACAUGAAUCAGUCCUGCACUCAUGCUCAUUUUCUCCUUUUCUUGUUACAGAAAUUCUACCUGAGAGAUUCAAGUUAAAUGAAGUUGAGAUUGUAAAGGUAAAAUCUUUGAUUUUGCAGCUUUUUCAAAACAAGGGUGAUCCUAGAGGUUUUAUAGAUGAAUGGAGAGGACAAAACUUUCCACUUGAAACUUCAGAACUUAAUUUGAGCAAUGACAACCCUGUAAGGGCUUUGGUGAAGCAAGUAGUAAAUACUAUUGAAGCUGCAGCUGGGGCGCCUGGUGCAGAAAACUCUAGUGGUGAAUGCCUUUCUUCUACAAUAGCUUCUCAGUUGAAGAUUUUCUUCUUACGUGCAAAUGUUGGCCUGGACGAAGCUGACAUAUUAUCUGUAGUAGAUGAUUUAGUUGAUGUUUGGUGGUCUUUGAGGAGGAGAAGAGUGUCCCUCUUUGGGCAUGCGAGUCAUGGUUUUGCACAGUAUCUGUCAUAUUCAUCUGCCAAGGUUUGCCAUAGUCAGUUGACUGGCUUUGAUUGCAAAUCUUUAAAACAAAAAACUGCCAGCUAUACCUUGAAGGCUACAUUGUAUGUCCUACAUAUUCUUCUAAAUUAUGGAGUGGAGUUAAAAGAUACUCUUGAACCUGCUCUUUUGGCAGUUCCUUUGUUGCCAUGGCAGGAAGUAACUCCCCAACUGUUUGCUCGAUUAAGUUCUCAUCCUGAGCCAGUGGUUCGGAAGCAGUUGGAGGGCUUAUUGAUGUUGCUGGCCAAGCAAUCUCCUUGGUCCGUAGUGUACCCAACACUAGUUGAUUUAAAUGCUUAUGAGGAGAAGCCUUCAGAGGAACUUCAGCACAUACUGGGUUGUUUGAGAGAGCUCUAUCCAAGGUUGAUUCAAGAUGUUCAGCUGAUGAUAAAUGAGCUCGGGAACAUGACCGUUCUUUGGGAGGAAUUAUGGCUCAGCACACUUCAGGAUCUUCACACAGAUGUAAUGAGGCGCAUUAAUUUAUUGAAAGAAGAAGCCGUCCGGAUUGCGGAGAAUGUCACUCUUAGCCAGAGUGAGAAGAACAAGAUAAAUGCUGCAAAAUACUCAGCCAUGAUGGCUCCCAUUGUUGUGGCCUUAGAACGGCGUCUAGCGACAACUUCUCGGAAACCUGAAACACCUCAUGAAGCAUGGUUCCAUGAGGAGUAUAGAGAACAAUUGAAAUCAGCCAUCUUAAAUUUUAAGACUCCUCCAGCAUCUGCUGCUGCACUUGGAGAUGUGUGGCAACCAUUUGAUAAUAUUGCGGCAUCCUUAGCAUCUUAUCAGAGGAAGUCAACAGUUUCUUUGAAGGAAGUUGCUCCUCAACUGGCCCUUUUAUCAUCUUCGGAUGUGCCAAUGCCUGGUCUUGAGAAGCAUGUAACAGUAUCUGAAUCUGACACAGGUCUCACAACUAAUCUCCAAGGAAUUGUCACAAUUGCUUCUUUCUCAGAGCAAGUGGCUAUCUUAUCAACCAAGACUAAACCUAAAAAACUUGUUAUCCUGGGUUCAGAUGGUCAGAAGUACACAUAUCUUUUGAAAGGGAGAGAAGAUCUGCGCCUUGAUGCAAGAAUCAUGCAGCUCUUGCAAGCUAUUAAGGGGUUUCUGCAUUCAUCUCCUGCAACUCGUAGUCAUUCUCUUGGCAUUCGAUAUUAUUCUGUGACUCCAAUCAGUGGUCGAGCUGGUCUGAUCCAGUGGGUGGACAAUGUAAUAAGUAUAUACAGUGUGUUUAAGUCUUGGCAAAACCGUGUCCAACUUGCACAGCUCUCUGGAAACACAAAAGAUUCGGUUCCUCCACCUGUUCCCCGACCAAGUGAUAUGUUCUAUGGUAAAAUUAUACCAGCACUCAAAGAGAAAGGCAUUAGGAGAGUAAUUUCACGAAGAGACUGGCCUCAUGAAGUCAAGCGUAAAGUUCUUCUGGAUCUUAUGAAGGAGGUUCCUAGACAGCUUCUUCACCAAGAACUAUGGUGUGCUAGUGAAGGAUUCAAAGCCUUCAGCUCAAAAUUGAGAAGGUAUUCAGGAAGUGUUGCAGCCAUGAGCAUGGUGGGCCACAUUCUGGGUUUGGGUGACAGGCAUUUGGAUAAUAUUCUUAUAGAUUUCUCUAAAGGAGAUAUUGUACACAUUGAUUAUAAUGUUUGUUUUGAUAAAGGCCAAAGACUAAAAGUUCCAGAGAUUGUUCCCUUCCGUCUUACCCAGACAAUUGAAGCAGCUUUAGGGCUGACUGGAAUAGAAGGCACCUUUAGAUCAAACUGUGAAGCGGUUGUUGCUGUUCUGAGAAAGAAUAAGGACAUACUCUUGAUGUUACUAGAAGUGUUUGUUUGGAAUCCACUGGUAGAAUGGACACGUGGAGAUUUUCAUGAUGAUGCAGCAAUUGGUGGUGAAGAAAGAAAGGGCAUGGAGUUGGCUGUUAGCUUGAGUUUAUUUGCAUCACGAGUGCAGGAAAUUCGUGUUCCCUUGCAGGAACAUCAUGAUCUUUUAUUGGCUACUCUACCAGCCAUUGAAUCUUCUCUUGAGAGAUUUGCCGAUGUUCUAAAUCAAUAUGAGCUUGCCUCUGCUCUUUUUUAUCGAGCUGAUCAAGAAAGGUCUAACCUUGUUCUGCAUGAGACAUCAGCGAAGUCAAUUGUUUCUGAAGCAACUUGUAAUUCGGAGAAAACUCGUGCAUCAUUCGAAAUUCAGGCUCAAGAAUUUGCUCAAGCAAAUGCUGUUGUUACUGAGAAAGCUCAAGAGGCAACGACUUGGAUGGAGCAGCAUGGAAGGAUCCUUGAUUCUUUACGAAGCAAUUUGAUUCCAGAAAUAAAUGCCUGCAUAAAUCUGAGUGGUAUGGGAGAUGCUUUUUCUCUUACAUCUGCUGUUCUUGUGGCAGGGGUUCCAUUAACUAUUGUUCCUGAGCCCACACAAGUACAAUGCCAUGAUAUAGAUAGGGAAGUUUCUCAGCUCAUAUCCGAGUUAGAUGAUGGAAUGUCUUCUGCCAUAACUGCAGUCCAAGCUUACUCUUUGGCUUUGCAAAGAAUCCUACCCCUAAAUUACCUUUCAACCAGUGCAGUGCAUGGCUGGGCACAAGUUCUACAACUUUCUGUAAAUGCACUUUCCACUGAGAUCCUCUCUCUUGUCCGAAGACAAGCUUCAGACCUCAUGGUGAACGUACGUGGGGAUAAUGUUGAUUCUGUCAAACGCAAGCAUGGUGAUCUGUGUCUUAUGGUUGAGAAGUAUGCAGUACAGAUACAGAAAGUUGAAGAAGAGUGUGCUGGGCUAGUCAACUCUAUUGGCUCAGAGACUGAAUUAAAAGCCAAGGAUCGUGUUCACUCUGCUUUUAUGAGAUAUAUGCAGUCUGCUGGUCUUGUUAGGAAAGAAGAUGCUAUUUCUUCCAUUCAAUCAGGACAAUCUAAAUAUGCGGGGACAAGGGAUGCAAGAUUGCAAGGGGAGCUGGAAGAGAAGAAGGAUAAGGUGUUGUCUGUUCUGAAUAUAGCUGUUAGUUCUCUGUAUAAUGAGGUUAAGAGUAGGAUACAAGACAUGUUUAGUGAUUCCACUAAAGGAGGAAGUGCAAACAAUAGAUUGCAGUAUGAUUUUGGAACUAUUUUCUGUGGGUUCGAAGCUCAAGUUGAGAAAUGUGUUCUGUUGGCAGAGUUUCUUAGUGAACUACAACAAUUGAUUGGUAGAGAGAUACCUAGCAUUGAUACAGACAAAGAUCAUUCAAACCAUCCUUCUGAACAGAAUUGGGCUUCCAUUUUUAAAACUUGUUUACUUUCCUGUAAGAGUUUACUCGGGCAAAUGACCGAAGUUGUUCUACCAGAUGUUAUAAGAUCUGCCGUUUCAUUCAAUUCAGAAGUUAUGGAUGCAUUCGGAUUGAUCUCACAAAUUAGAGGUUCUAAUGACAUGGCACUGGAGCAGCUUCUUGAGGUUGAAAUGGAGAGGGUGUCUUUGGUUGAACUGGAACAGAACUACUUCAUUAAGGUUGGCAUCAUUACCGAGCAGCAGUUGGCUCUUGAAGAAGCAGCUGUGAAAGGCAGGGAUCAUCUCUCUUGGGAGGAGGCAGAGGAGCUUGCCUCCCAGGAAGAAGCUUGUAGGGCACAGCUGGACCAACUCCAUCAAGCUUGGAAUCAGAGGGAUGUCCGUACUUCUUCACUCAUAAAAAGAGAAGCUGACAUAAAAAAUGCCUUGGUUUCUUCAGAACGCCAUUUCCAGUCACUAAUUUCUGCUGACGAGGAGAGGGAGCAGCAUAAUGUUAGAAGCAAAAUGCUAUUAUCCACACUAGUUAAGCCCUUCUCUGAAUUGGAAUCUAUGGAUAAAUCGUUGUCUUUAUUUGGUGUUUCUAUUACUUCUCACUUGAAUUACAUUCCUGAUUUAGUGGAUUUGAUGAGAUCUGGAAACCCAAUAUCUGAAUAUAUCUGGAAGUUUGGGGGCUUGUUGGAUACCCAUUCUCUUUUCAUUUGGAAAAUAGUCCUUGUGGAUUCUUUUCUUGAUUCAUGCAUACAUGACGUAGCUUCAUCUGUAGAUCAAAAUUUAGGAUUCGACCAACUCCUCAAUAUUGUAAAGAAAAAGCUAGAGGUCCAACUUCAAGAGCAUAUUGGUCAGUACCUGAAGGAAAGAGUUUCUCCUGCUUUUGUGGGUUUGUUAGAUAGAGAAAAUGAGCAUCUGAAGCAACUAACAGAGGCAAUAAAGGAUGUUGCUCUUGAUCAAGUGAAAAAAGAUGUCGGGGCUGUGAAAAAGGUUCAACUUAUGCUUGAGGAAUACUGCAAUGCUCAUGAAACAGCUAGAGCAGCAAGGUCAGCAGCUUCCCUUAUGAAAAGGCAGGUGAAUGAACUCAGGGAGUCUCUUCGGAAGACUAGCCUAGAGAUUGUUCAGAUGGAAUGGAUGCAUGAUACCUUGACACCCAUCCAUAGUACCAGGGUCAUAUUCCAGAAAUUCCUUGCUAGUGAUGAUAACUCAUAUCCAAUUAUUUUAAGCCUACGCAGAGCUAAAUUGCUGGAGAAUAUACAAUCUGCUGUGUCAAAGAUAGCUAGAUCAAUGGAGUGCCUGCAGGCUUGUGACCGAACUUCUAUUACAGCAGAAGGGCAGCUUGAGAGAGCAAUGGGGUGGGCUUGUGGUGGCCCAAAUGCUAGUGCAACUGGAAAUGCUUCGACCAAGAGUUCUGGAAUUCCUCCUGAAUUCCAUGACCAUUUGAUGAGGCGACGGAAAUUGCUGUGGGAAACUAAAGAAAAGGCAUCAGAUAUUAUGAAAAUUUGCAUGUCAAUAUUAGAUUUUGAAAUAUCGAGAGAUGGUAUUUUCCGGUUUCCAGGAGAGAUUCAUCCUUAUAGGACUGGUGGUGAUGGCAGGACUUGGCAGCAAGCUUACAUGAAUGCGUUAACAAGAUUGGAUGUUACCUAUCAUUCUUUUACACGUACUGAACAAGAAUGGAAACUUGCACAGAGCACCAUGGAAGCUGCUUCCAAUGGCUUAUAUUCUGCUACUAAUGAACUCUGCAUUGCCUCUCUCAAAGCAAAGUCAGCUUCAGGUGACUUGCAAAGCACUGUUCUUGCCAUGGGGGAUUGUGCAUGUGAAGCUAGUAUUGCAUUAUCUGCAUUCUGUCGUGUUUCAAGGAGCCAUACUGCUUUGACUUCUGAAUGUGGUUCCAUGCUUGAAGAGGUCCUGGCGAUAACAGAAGACCUACAUGAUGUUUACAAUCUGGGAAAGGAGGCUGCUGCAGUGCACUUCUCUCUUAUGGAAGAUCUUUCAAAGGCAAAUGUAAUCCUUCUUCCACUUGAAGCAGUGUUGUCUAAAGAUGUAGCUGCGAUAACUGAUGCUAUGGCUAGGGAAAGGGAAACCAGUACAGAGAUAUCUCCCAUUCAUGGGCAAGCCAUAUACCAGUCUUAUUGUUUAAGAAUUAGAGAGGCUUGUCAGACCUUUAAGCCCAUGGUACCAUCACUUACGAUGUCUGUGAAGGGACUCUAUUCCAUGUUAACCAGGCUUGCACGAACUGCUAGUCUACAUGCCGGCAAUCUUCAUAAAGCCCUUGAAGGACUAGGAGAAAGCCAGGAAGUAAAAUCACAGGAAAUUGAUGCGUCAAGGGAAGAUCUUGCUGUUGAUGCUACUGAAUUUACUGACAAGGAGGGAGGAAACCUCUCCAUAUCUGACAGUGGAAGCACCGAAAAAUUUAUUGGUGGAACUGGACUUUCUUUGCAAGAUAAAGGAUGGAUAUCUCCACCAGAUAGCAUCUGCAGUAGCAUCUCUGAAUAUGGCAUUAGCCCAGCUGAAGAAAAUGUUCCAGAUUGCUUAAAUGACCUGUCACAAGAGAUUGGACGGCUUUCGCAUGGGUCUAGUGCCACAGGUUCUGUCAAGUCGACAAUGAAUGAGCCAAUUGAAUAUCUGGAAGUUGUGACAGCACCAAGCAAUGAAUCUGUAACUGCCCCUGCUGACAGUUUGCACUCUGUGAAUAAGGACUCAGAUGAGAAGUUUGGGGGUAAUGAUGAGAUAUUUUCAUUGAACAAAGCUAAGAUUGAAGAUGAAGAUCGUGAAGCUCCUCUUCCUAAUACACAUGGUAGUCGAGUAAGCAGGGGUAAAAAUACUUAUGCAAUGUCGGUUUUGAGGCGAAUUGAGAUGAAACUAGAUGGCCGAGACAUUGGUGACAACAGAAAUAUUAGUGUUGCAGAGCAAGUGGAUUAUCUACUAAAGCAAGCCACGAGCAUAGAUAAUCUUUGCAACAUGUACGAAGGUUGGACACCAUGGAUUUGAAAUUGUGAAGUCUGUGUGCUUUAGAUUCAAGCUACGGUCUCAAAUUACGUUUUGCAAGAUACCGUUUCAGGCAUGUCGGGUACUACUUCAUUCACUUGUUAUUCUAAAAGACAUACUUGGGUCUGUAAUAUUUGCCUGUCUACAAGGAAGCCAUUGCACCUAUUGCCUUAGCAUGCCCCAUAUUUGGCUUCACAAUCUCUGCUUGCCAUUGAAUUAUUGCCAGAGCUUGCCCCAUGAUGUUUACUCACAGAAUGGGCCAUGAGCAUCUCAGAACCAUGAGCAUCUUCAGUGAGAUAAUUUGGCAUAAAUUACAAAGAGCUGCUUUGGAUGGCUCUAUCCAAUGUUUGGCCCAUGCUUCCCUUCAAGGGGUCAGCAGUUGUUUCAGGCAGAAGAUAUACUCCGAGCCCUUCCAAGACAGAUCUCAUCUUAGCAUGAAAGUACCUUACCAGAUUGGCUCAUAUCACAUGUAACACAGACCGUGCCUCUGCUCUGCAAGGGAUUGCUCCGCCAGCUUGCAUUAAAAGCCUUUAUGUUGAUAUGAUAAGUUUGCAUGCCUGCUGCCCACAGAGCAACACCAUUUGAGGUGUUUGAAACCUAUUUUGUUGAUAGCCGAAGAAGAGAAUACUGUGAUCAAUGUGCUUUUCAAGACGAUUACUAGUUCUGCGCACCAUUCUACCAUGGUAAUUGCAUCCGCACAAGUUUUUGGUAAAUAUCCAUAAUAUUAUUUGCUAAGGCAGCCGAUAUCGGUCUUGUAAUUAUUCAAUAAUAGGCCAAGUAAUUCCAAAUGGCCAUGUCGGACGCUGUUUUUUUCUUUCUUUCUUUCUUUUACUUCACAUUUUCUGAAAUUAAAGAUAAUUCCAGAUUACCCCCAUCA